AUGGAAAGUCAAGAGGAAAAUUUUCAUGUGUUAGAGAACAAAUGGGUUCUAUCUGAACAGUACUAUAUUGAAAACAAAACAGACCGUUUGAAGGGAUAUGAGAAUUCCUUCGAGAAGCUAUGCGUGAUCGGUACAGUAGAGACAUUUUGGUGCUUUUGGAAACAAAUUCCGGCGAUUGCAGAUGUGUUUUUUGAUGGGACUGAAAAGAUUGUUGAAAGGACAGACACGAGCAAUUCUUCGACGCUUGUCAGGAAAUGUCGAAUUAUUGGUCAGUGUAUUUUUAAGGAGGGAAUUGAACCCAAAUACGAAGAUCCUAACAACGAAAAGGGUGGACACUUGAUGUGCGUGUUUUCUAAAGAAGAUCACGAUACCCUGUCAAUUUUCUGGGAAUGUGUUGUAAUUAGUCUUAUCGGUGAGAGUCUGGAUAAUGGCAAUAAUAUCACGGGAGCUCGCGUAAUUGACAAAUCAAACAUCAGCAACAACCAAAUAAAUUAUCGUGUGGAGAUUUGGUUCCGCAAUUGGGAGGACGAAGCCUUCAAGGCCUCUCUUCUUGCCGAAACCGAGAAGCUGCUCCAACUCUGCGGUUGUACCUCGGCCAAAACAUCGAUCGAAACAAACGAUUAUUCCAAGUGGAUGACCAAGGAGAGUAAAUGA